AUGGCUACCCGCAACCGGCCGUGCAAUCUAACACGACGUUCGUUUCUGUCAUUUCAAGUGGCUGGUUGUGAUUCCCAAUCCCUUUUGUUCCAAACCAACCCGGUAUCCUCCUACUCAUCUAUUCGCAUCACGGCCGUCAGUAGUGUGGAUAUUUAUGCUCUGGAAAGUGUAGCGGCGUUGCAAUCCCCGAAAACAGACGAUCCCGAAGCAUCCCCGUCCACACCGGUGAAUGAGGUUCCACCACCUUUCAGUGAUCCUCCGAACGACGGACUCGCGGAAGAACUACCACAGCCGCCCCUGACACGGAUUGAUUCUUCCACACGCCCGGCCUCCCCUGCUCACGCAUCGGUUUUGUGGAAUCGACCGAACAUGGAUGGGGAGCCGGUCCAAUCAAAUGGAGUCACGGUCACAGAGGAUGAGGUGACCGCGUUGCGAAAAGAACGCGACGAACUGGUCACCACGAUUGACGAAAUGCGUUGUUAG